GCCCAUAACACUUUGCACACAGGGUGGAGAUGCAGAGUGGACACUGAAGAGAGACCACAGUCACCACACCGACAGCCCCUCACUCCAUUCUGAGCGUCGAGAUUGCGGAAGUACAAGAAGCUACAGCAGUAGCACAAAUUCCCAACUUUUUUACCAUUUUUUUUUUCCAAUUAAUUCCCCUAAGAUCUACACCUUCUUCUUUAAUCAAUUUUUUGAUUAUCGGGAAAAAUGGCACAUUCACCUCCUGCAAUUCUUCUCCUGGGCCUGUUAAUUCCGCUGAUCUUCAAUGCCGCUUUCUCUAAAACCCUCAAACGUGAUGUGAAAGCAUUAAAUGAAAUAAAGUCAUCGCUUGGAUGGAGAGUCGUUUAUUCGUGGGUUGGUGAUGAUCCAUGUGGAGAUGGUGAUUUGCCUCCUUGGUCUGGUGUCACUUGUUCUGUUCAAGGGGAUUAUAGAGUUGUUACUGGACUGGAAGUUUAUGCAGUGUCAAUUGUUGGGCCAUUUCCCAUUGCUGUUACUAAUCUGUUGGAUCUUCAGAGGCUGGAUCUCCACAACAAUAAGUUGACAGGACCUAUUCCUCCUCAAAUCGGACGACUGAAGCGUCUGAAAAUUCUGAAUCUGCGAUGGAAUAAACUACAGGAUGUCCUACCCCCUGAAAUAGGUGAACUGAAAAGCUUGACACACCUAUAUCUGAGCUUCAAUAGUUUCAAGGGGGAAAUCCCCAGGGAACUGGCAAAUCUUCCUGCUCUGCGAUAUUUAUACUUACAUGAAAACCGUUUCACUGGGCGCAUUCCUGCAGAAUUGGGCACUCUGCAGAAUCUUCGACAUUUGGAUGUUGGUAACAAUCAUCUAGUGGGUACAAUCAGGGAACUCAUACGCAUUGAAGGAUGCUUUCCUGCCCUUCGUAACCUCUAUCUGAAUAAUAACUAUUUGACUGGAGGAAUUCCUGCUCAGCUAGCAAACUUAACGAACUUAGAGAUCUUGCAUCUGUCUCACAACAAAAUGACUGGAAUAAUUCCAUCUGCCGUUGCUCGUCUUCUUAGAUUGACAUAUUUGUACUUGGACCACAAUCAAUUUAGUGGGAGAAUUCCUGAUGCAUUCUAUAAGCACUCAUUCUUGAAAGAAAUGUAUAUUGAAAGCAAUGCAUUCAGACAAGGUGUAAACCCUAUUGGGUUUCAUAAAGUACUCGAAGUAUCAGACACGGAGUUCUUGGUCUGAGGCAGACACCCCUCCCUAGUCCCUAUACCUACCUACGUUAUUUGUUCUACCCCACAAAAAAGAGCUCAAUGAAUUUUGGUUGCACUCUUGCUUGUUGGUAUAGGAAUGGAAAAGUGUAAGAAUGUUUAGCCAUUUGUUAUUGUCAAAGAAAUGAUACUUAUCUAUAUAAUGAGCUCGGGUUUACGUGUCGAUAUUGGAUGUGAAGAAUGUAUAAUGAGAAACGUUCAACAACUAUAGUCUAUAGUCUAUUAUAGUCUAUAGCUAGAGUAUGUGGUGUUGAAAGCAAUGUUGCACAAAAGCACUCAACUGGAGAGGAGCACUAUGUUGUUCUAUUUAAUUAAGCAUAUGUGAAUGUGAUAGGAGUAUACUGUAUA